AGCGCCGAGGUCACGAAAUGGAUUCGAGUGAACAGGAGACCCAGAAAACGGAAACAAAGGGAGAACAAAGAGGUGUUUGAAAAGCAUAUGGUCCCUUCUGGAGAAAGUUCCGUGAUCACUAGAGAAAAAUGAGUGUCCUGGUGCUUUGGGAUGUAAGACUUGUCUCUGAACUGCAAUCUCUGAUGAUCUUGGUUUGAAUAAUAAUCCACAGAAGACUUUUUAAAAUAGACCGCUCUGCAUCUGGCCUGUGCCAAUGGCCAUGCAGAAGUGGUAACUCUCCUGGUAGAGAGAAAGUGCCAGCUGAACGUCUAUGACAGUGAACAAAGGACAGCUCUGAUGAAGGCUAUACAAUGCAAGGAAGAGGAAUGUGCAACCAUUCUGCUACAACAUGGUGCUGACCCAGAUAUUAUGGAUGCCAGUGGCAACACAGCUCUCCACUAUGCUGUCUGUGCUCAGCAUAUACCAAUAGCAGCCAAACUGCUUUCAUACAAUGCAAAUAUUGAGGCAAGAAACGAGGAUGGCUUCACACCACUUUUACUUGCUGUAGAUGAAAACAAACAGCAAAUGGUGGAAUUUUUAGUAAAUAAAGAAGCAAAUAUACAUGCAGUUGAUAAGACAAAAAGGCUUUCCAACAAACCUGGCAUUGAUGAUUCAUGUCCUACAUCAGAUGAUAAAGACUUCGAUUUUGAUCCCAAGACUCUCCCCAAACCAAGCUUAACAAAGCUAAUGACUGCUCCUCAGCAAUUCAGGAAAAACAUAGAAGAAUAUCGUAGCAUUGUGAGACCACAAAAUAGAACCUUGUUGGAGGACAGUAGUUCUUAUAGUGCACGUGAAGAAGAUGUGGUUGAAACUCUCCAAAAGUUGCCAGUCAGAGUCCAGGGCCUCCCUCAUGCUGCCUUUCCAUCACCUGACCCUCUUCUAAAACCUCCCCUCGAGUCUUCAGCAGUCCCUGGUGCUACAAAGGAAGGAAUAACAAAACCAGCAAUUAUAGAAAAAGGAGCCUGUGUUGGUAUUACUGAAAGUGCUCCAAGAGAACAAAUGACUAGUGGCAAUAUGACUUCUGUUGUUGGAGCACACAAAGAUGAUAGAAGUGUGGAAGAAGUGAGGUUCUGAACUUCCAGUUAUUGAUCAGCUGCUUUCUUUGUAAAAAUAUAGAGGAUUCAUAUGGCAACAGGAUGAGGACUAUAUAAUCAACAAGUCCUAUUGGGUAUCAUUUCUUUUUGGAACAGUGUAUUCACAAAUAGGAUUUCUGUCUCUGGGAACUUGCACAUCUGUAGAAAACAAAUGAAAAAUUGGUAAGAAACCAUAAAAUAAAAUAAAUACCCUUAAUGCUAAUUAUAUCAUUCAGAUAUAAUCUAUAAUUGCAUUAAGUAUGAGUUUGCACUGGUUCUCUAUAUAUGGUAAAGUAAUAUACAUUACAAUAUAUUUAUAAACCCAAAUUGUU